AGAAAUUGCUUUCUCGAUUUUGAGAGCUACACUAAUAUCUCAUCCCAACUUCAAAAAGGGGAAAAAAUAUCUUCAAAUCAAUAUGAAUGUGGGAAAUUAGGAGUCAAUGGGAGAUACUGACUAACCAUCCUUACUAAUUUGUUUUCGAAUAUUAAAAAAAAAAAAAAACGCGUUGUCACAUGCACAAACACCAGCUACCAUGCGAUGUAUUUCACUUAUAAAACCCCUCAUAACCAUUCAUAAGAUUUCAAUUGGCUUACAAUUGCUAAACUAUAUUCAAAUUGAGCUCAACAUAAUACCUUAAGCCUUCCAUCAUAUUUAUCCAUGACUCUCCAGACGUGAUUAAGAAGCGGUAAGAGGUGAUAAGACGAUGGUAAGAAAGUGUUCUCAUUGUGGGAACAAUGGGCACAACUCAAGGACUUGCAGUAGUUCGAGCAGUAAGUAUGGUGGAGGGCUGAGAUUGUUCGGAGUUCAGCUUCAAAUAGCUUCUUCUUCUUCUUCUUCUUCUUCACAUUUGAAGAGGAGCUUUAGCCUGGAUUGCUUGUCUACCACUUGCUACAACUCUUCCCAUUCUCCUUCCUCCUCAUCAUCCUCAACUUCACUGGUUUGCAUCGAUGAAGCUGCUCAAAAGGUGUCCACUGGAUAUCUAUCUGAUUGUCUCAGAACACAAGAAAGGAAGAAAGGAAUCUCAUGGACUGAGGAAGAACACAGAGCAUUUCUAGCCGGGCUGCAUAAGCUUGGCAAAGGUGACUGGCGCGGCAUCUCACGCAACUUUGUUACCACAAGAACACCAACCCAAGUGGCCAGUCAUGCCCAAAAGUAUUUUCUGAGGAAGAACAACCUCAACAAUAAGAAACGCCGGUCUAGCCUGUUUGAUGUGGUUGGAAGCUGUGAGAGGCAAGCUAAUGUCAGGAAGUUCUUUAACAGUAAGGAUCAUUCUUUAUUAAAAGAUGCAAAUGAAAAUAGCCUUACUUUGAACAACCAGCAAUGCAACCUGAAACCAUCUCAAUUCUCUAGGAUCAGAGGAUAUAUUUGAACUGAUACAAAGUUCACAUCCCGUUCCUUAUAAUAGUUUACACAGGCUUCACAAUAAUGACGCUGUAGAGAAGAAAGUUUCAGUGAAGUUGCAGCUUAUUUUCCUAGAGACUUAUGGCCCUUUGUUUCAUAGAUUAGCAUG